CCUAGUUAUCUCAUGUAAGUAUGACUAUAAUUGUCUUCCCUACGAUUGAUUAAUUAAGAGCUUCUUUCUCCCUUGGACAUGUUCCAUAGAUAUAGAUAGCGUAGCAGUAACUGGUAUUAAUUCUGGCUAGAGUCUCCAAGGCAAGGAGCUUCAAAUACACAAACUCAUACUAAGACCUCUUGGCCAUGGACUCACUUCUGGAGUGCUUUCCAAGCGAGGAAGUGAGCUGAAAUCUGUUGGCUCGACCCCAGUCGUUCUUUCUUCACUUGAUUCAUGUGUCACAUUCCCUCCACUUCCACCACUUCUUCUACUUCUUCUACUUCCUCUUGUUUCUCUUCUUCCUCCUCCCCUUCUUCUUCAUCCACUUCAUUCUCCUCUCGCCAUCUUUUGAAAACUCCAGUCGUCUUUCCAUCGACCAACAUCUCUCUAUCUCAAUUUACACCCCGCUAGCAAAUCUCGAAAGGCAUCAUGAAGCUCUACCACGUUACCUUAGCCCUCUUCGCUGGCCUAGGCUUGGUAGUUGGCCAGGGGAUGGACAGUCUUCCACCCUGCGCGAGAGACUGCGCCACCGGUUCUAUCCCCAAAACUUGCAAGGCUAUUGAUGUGAACUGCAUCUGCUCUGACAAGUCCUUCAUCACUGGUAUUUCAUGCUGCGUUGCUUCGACCUGCUCUGCGGAGGAUCAGACCUCUGCCCUCAAUUUUGCACAGCAGAUCUGCGGUGGCGCCGGCGUAACUGAUCUCCCCAAGAGCGCUAGUUGCACGAGUGGGAACACCGCGAGUGCUACUUUGCAAACCACGGGCACAACUACUGGUGCUUCUGCGACUACUACCUCGACUGGUGCAGCUAACGGAACCCGUCUCGACUCAUCCAGCUCUGCCAGCGCGGCAAAUGCUACCAAAACGGGAAGUAACACUCAGUCCGUGAAGACGCAGGGCGCUACUGCAACUGAUAAAAAUGCCGCAAGUAAUGCGACUGCCAGCAGUGCGGCUGGUAUGAUCUUGGGAGAUAGCAGUGCUGGCCUUGCUGCAAUCCUCGGGGCAGCCUUCUAUGCCUUGCUUCUUUAGAGGGCACCGGAUAACGUGUCGCCUGAUGGUGCUACGAGUGAUGAUCAUUGAGACCAAAAGUGGUUCUGUCCUAUCUUCAGGGCUGCAGAAUAGCAUCCUACAAAUAAUCUCCUUUCAUGAAGAUGGAUGCUGGCUAAAUUGAACUGGACCAGCGCAGUUAACUGUAAUAUGCUUAUUAAUUGUAUGAUAGGAUCGGAAUCAAGA